AUGACCCCACACUCCGCGCUGAAAGAAGGUAAGCGGUGCUCCUCAGGGCAGUCGGACAUAGCCAUGCCCACGACGCACCGAGGUUCAAACACCUUGGACUACGAUCCUAUGAGUGCGGUUUGGUCCAGCAUACGCGAGACAGUGGCGGUUGCAUUCCACAUGGUGGGCUGGAAAUGGGAGUACAGCGGUGCAUCUGCCACCCCGUCAAAGAAACCCUUCUCUCGUAAGCGCAGCAGCAGCCCCGGGCGGAGCAGCUGGAGCAGCAGCUGUGCCCUGGAAUCGCUUGACUCCCUGGACCUAUCCGAUAGUGACUGCAGCGAGGAGAGCGAGGCAGAGACCUUGGCGCGGCUGGCGAGGAGAGGGUUGGGAAAACAGUACUGCGAAAAGCAAGAUUAG